AAAAACCCUCCAUUUUCACUUUUGUUUGGGCCGGCAAAAUGCAAUCACAAAAGCAAUGGCAGCCAUGAAAUUUGGACGUCAAUUUUGGGUUUCUCUCAUCCAUCGCUCUACAAGGGUUUAACCUGGAGUCCCUUCUGCCCCCCUACUAUCCCCUCUCCUCUGCCAUGGCUGUGCUCUGUACUGCUCCACUCUCAGACCCACUUGUCUGAAACCACGGAUAAAACAAAAAGCCCUCAAUACUUCGGUUUAUCUCUCUGGGUUUAUCCCAAAACUUUUCAAGACGGCUCCUUGUAUAAGCCACUGCGGCAGCAAGUUGGGCAGAGUUGUAGAGAUGAUGACUUUGGGGGUUUCCACUUCCCAAGCCUCUUCUUUGAGAGCUCAAUGGCCUGCUUAUUUCUUUCUAUGGCGGUCUAACUCUGUUUCUAUCUCUUCUAUUUCCUUUUGCGCCUCCUCCAAGGCUCUAUGCAGAGCUGAAUUUGGUCCCCUGAAGAGUGUUGGUGGUGUUUCUUCAAAUAUGAAGACGUUUCAUGCUUCUUGUCAGUGCAGACAAAGUUCUUCUUUGAUUACCAACUCAUUUGUUGAAGCUAGACAAUACGACAAUGAGAGGGCGUUUCUCUCUGAUGUAAAUGCAUGGUCUAAAAGUACUAUGCGACUGAAGCAAGAGAAGCACUUUAGGUUUAUGGAAACUGAGAUCCUGACAACGAAUGAUGAAGAAAAGCUAAGAAACGAAGAACGUCUCAUUGGCUAUGGGACUUCACACUCUAAGGUUCAGUCAAAUUUGGGAAGCAACAUUUCCAACGCAAAUAAGAAUUCUGAUUGUAUAAACCCUUCAACUAAUAUGUUAUCAGAUGGAUUCAGGAAACAAGGACCUAUGAGUUUUGAACAAAUUCAGAAUGUUGAAACUAUAGAUAGGAUGAAAAUUAGUGAUAGGACACUUUCACUUGAGACAAUCAAGGUUUCAAGUGACAUAUGCAAUGGAAACAUUAGUUUUUAUUCUGGGGAACAGACCAUGACCAAGCCUGCAAAUAAUGAUUUGCAUAAUCAGGUCAUUCCUAUGCUAAGUAACAAAAACUAUACCUUUUCUCAAAAUGGAAAGGGGUCAAUUAUGCAUCGCUCACCAAACGUUUCACCUAAUGGCAUAAAGCAAAGUAUCCCUUUGGGAAAGAUGGAUAGUGUAUCAAAAGCUUCGGAAUUCACUGAAGCUGCUAAUGGACUAAAGAGGGGUUCAGCUGUGGAAGAAUUUUCUAAAAUGACCAUCAACGGUGGUGGCACCAAGAUUAUGGAAGCACCUGCAACUAAUCAUAAACCAGAUAUAAAGGAGAGGCUUAAUGGUGUAUAUGAUAGUGUUCUUGUUGUUGAUAGUAUAUGUGCAGCAAGGGAAGUUGUUUCAAUGCUUACUAUGAAGUACAGGAAUCUUGUGCAUGCUUGCGAUACUGAGGUGGCCAAGAUCGAUGUGAAGCAAGAAACACCCGUUGAUCAUGGUGAAAUAAUAUGCUUCAGUAUUUAUUCAGGACCAACAGCAGAUUUUGGGAAUGGAAAGUCUUGCAUCUGGGUUGAUGUUCUUGAUGGUGGUGGUAAGGAAAUUUUGAUUCAAUUUGCACCAUUCUUCGAAGAUCCUUCGAUCAGAAAGGUAUGGCACAACUACAGCUUUGACAAUCACAUUAUUGAAAAUUAUGGGAUUAAGGUUUCUGGCUUCCAUGCCGACACAAUGCACAUGGCUCGAUUAUGGGAUUCGUCAAGACGAAUAAAUGGUGGAUAUUCUCUUGAAGCUCUUUCUGGUGAUACAAAGGUCAUGUCUGGGGCUAAAUUGGGCCAGGAAAAAGAGUUGAUUGGUAAAAUAUCCAUGAAAACUAUCUUUGGCCGGAAGAAGAUGAAAAAGGAUGGAUCUGAAGGCAAAAUUAUAGUUAUUCCUCCUGUUGAAGAACUUCAACGUGAAGAAAAGAAACUAUGGGUAUCGUAUUCUGCUUUAGAUUCAACAUGCACGCUGAAGCUUUAUGAGAGCUUGAAAAAUAAACUGUCUGGCAUGCCUUGGGAGAGAAAUGGAGAAAUGAUUCCAAAUAAAACAAUGUUCAACUUUUAUGAAGAAUAUUGGCAACCAUUUGGUGAACUUCUUGUCAAAAUGGAAACUGAGGGAAUGCUGGUUGAUAGGCCAUAUCUUGCUAAGAUAGAAAAGUUGGCCAUAGCAGAACAACAGGUUGCCGCUAACAGAUUUCGUAACUGGGCUUCGAAGUACUGCCCUGAUGCCAGACAUAUGAAUGUAGGAAGUGAUGCACAAUUGCGCCAACUGCUCUUCGGUGGUACUUCUAACAGUAAAAACCCCGAAGAGUCUCUUCCAACUGAAAGGACAUUCAAAGUUCCUAACACUGAAAAUGUCAUUGAAGAAGGGAAGAAAUCUCCCAGUAAGUUCCGGAAUAUUACUUUAAAAAGAAUUAGUGUGGAGGAUCUUUCAACAGAAAUGUACACAGCAACUGGUUGGCCGUCAGUGAGUGGGGAUGCUCUAAAGGUCUUAGCGGGCAAGGUCUCUGCAGAGUACGACUACUUCACUGAUGAUUUGCAGUCUGACAAUGAGUUUGGCGAUGAUUCUGAAACAGUGUCUCAUGUAGAAAAUAAAAAGCAUAUUAUUCAUGAAAGUGCAAAUAUGUCUGAUUAUGGGACUGCUCUUAAAGCAUUUGGAUCAAGUGAGAAGGGCAGGGAAGCUUGUCAUGCCAUUGCUGCUUUAUGCGAAGUCUGCUCCAUUGAUUCUUUGAUAUCAAAUUUCAUCCUUCCCUUGCAGGGAAGCAAUAUAUCUGGUAAGAAUGGACGCAUACAUUGUUCUCUAAAUAUCAACACAGAAACUGGCCGCCUCUCAGCUCGAAGACCAAAUUUGCAGAAUCAACCGGCUCUGGAAAAGGACCGGUAUAAAAUCCGUCAGGCAUUUAUAGCUGCCCCUGGAAAUUCCCUCAUUGUUGCUGAUUAUGGCCAGUUGGAACUUAGGAUUCUUGCUCAUCUUGCCAAUUGUAAGAGCAUGCUGGAAGCCUUUAAAGCUGGGGGAGAUUUCCAUUCAAGGACCGCGAUGAAUAUGUACCCUCAUAUUCGUAAAGCUGUUGAAGAUGGAAGCGUGCUUCUUGAGUGGGAUCCUCAACCAGGCGAAGAUAAGCCUCCAGUUCCAUUGUUGAAGGAUGCAUUUGGUUCUGAAAGAAGGAAAGCCAAAAUGCUCAAUUUUUCCAUUGCAUAUGGGAAGACUCCUGUUGGCCUUUCCAAGGAUUGGAAGGUUACGGUGGAGGAAGCAAAGCAGACGGUUGACUUGUGGUAUAAUGAAAGAAAAGAGGUUCGUUCGUGGCAAAAUCUUCGAAAGAGAGAAGCUGAGGAGAAAUCAUGUGUUCGUACAUUGCUGGGACGAGCGCGUCGCUUUCCAUCAAUGAAGCAUGCUACUCGUGCCCAUAAAGGGCACAUAGAAAGAGCUGCUAUCAAUACUCCCGUGCAGGGUAGUGCUGCCGAUGUUGCCAUGUGUGCCAUGUUGGAAAUAUCUAAAAAUUCACGUUUGAGGGAACUUGGAUGGAGAUUGCUUUUGCAGGUUCACGAUGAAGUGAUCUUGGAAGGACCGACCGAGUCUGCAGAGGUUGCUAAGGCCAUUGUCGUCGAGUGCAUGUCAAAACCCUUCAACGGAAAGAACAUUCUCAACGUUGACCUUGCCGUGGAUGCCAAGUGUGCGCAAAACUGGUACUCUGCCAAAUAGAUCUUGCCAAACAAAAUUCCAGCUAAACUAACAAACAUCAAGCAACCAUUCCUUCAGUUCAAGUCCUGAUUCCUUGUGAAGAUUUUGUUUAUGGUGGCUGAUAUGAAAUUUUCACCCACCCUUCCUCGAUGAUGAUAAUGUUGGUGAUGAUAAUAGUUUAGCCAAAUGGGCUUGGCUUGUGAGGAAUGUACAUGUCUAGUAGUAGGCUCCUGCUUCUGUGUAUAGCAAAUUUCUUGGCUUCUUGGAUGUUUUUUUCUUGUUUGAAGAGUUGUCUGUGUAACUUAAUUCCCCAAGUGUACGAUGAUUAUGUAAUGGGAUCUAUGUCUAUAAAUUCAAUUUUCAUGUUAUUUUCA